UACAAACAUCCGUGCACAUAUGAUGCUAUGCAUCAUAUACGCGUAGGUUUGUAUGACUAGUACCCAGAUUCCAUUGAAUACCCAUCCUACUCGUCCUUGAAAUAAAUUCUUCCAAUAUGGCGGACGCGCCGAAAUCUGGAGAUGGAAGAACUGUUCGAUUUAAGACUCGAGAAAUGGCAGAAGAUCGUAUUGCGGCAAAAAUUGAAAAAAUCUUAAAAGAUGGUAAAGAUUUUCGCAAGCCAAGGACAAGAAAAAAAAAAGAAGGCGUCGUAAGAUUUCUCGAUAAUUGUGGAAGACCAAUUCCUGGGAGACGUCGCCGUCAAAGUGGGCAGAGACGACGUCUAGAAACUAGAAAGGGGAAUCCAUUAGAAACUUGCCAUGGUAAAGUACAUUAUUCAUAAUGUUUAUGUUCGUGGUGAAUUGUUUAACUCUAGUUGUAGUAAAUACUGUAUUAUACACUGACUGUGACCCAUGCCACUGACCUGUACGUUUAAUAUAAAAACUGUGAUCACCAUAUUAUGUAUUUAUGUAGAUAUACCUGCAAUGGAUGGGGAUAAUUUUGAAACUAAUCCUGAUGAGGCAGAGAGUUUACAGAAUAUUGAUCAGUCACCAACAGGUAUCAGAUCUGUUUAUUAGCAAUUUAUUUAGCAAUUUAUUAGUAUUUUAAUAUAUAGCAAUUCAAAUUUCAAAUUAAAUAAUAUAUGAAUAUUAAUUACAGUAUUUAAGUCAGUUUGUUUAUAUAUCAGUUUGUGUUUGAUGUAGAGAUGUACAUGUAUGUGAUUAGCAAAGCUGUGUAAUUUUAAUAUGUAGAAUUUGUUUAAAGUUCAUCAAAUACUCACAACACCAAGCACAAAUGUUGGUCCUUAGAAAUAAAGUAUAUUGUGUUCCCUUUUUCCAGAUGAUGAUUUAUCAAUAUUAAUUGAAGAGUGUGAAAAGUUACUCGAAGUGGAGAAAAUCAACAAGCAGCAAAAUAAAUGUAAUUGGAAAAAGAGAAUGGAAAAUUUAUCAACUAAUUGGGAAUCAUGUCGGCAAAAUAUUUUUGACACUGUGUUAUCUUCUGCUGCUGCUAACAUUGAUACCUGCUCUAGAUGUUUAGUAAACAAGUGUGUCAUAUAUUGUCAAGAGUGUCCUGAUCCAAAGAGCUUAUGUUCAGCAUGUGAUGAAGAAGUCCAUCACAAAUAUCCAUUGCAUGACCGAAAUGGGAUUUAUAAUGGUUAUUAUAAAGCUCUUCCACCAAAAUUAUCAGUCACAUGUGAUGGACAACAUAAAACAAUAAGUAUGUAUCCUACUUUGUAUUGUGUUACACUGGUAUAUAAUCGGAGUAGUCUGUCUGUCUGUCUGUCCAUAUAUAUAUCCAUCCAAUCACAUACAUAUGUAUAUAAUUAUAUAUGUGUGUGUGUGUAUGGGUGCAAAUGUGUUAUUUUGUUGACAAUUUUUACGCUUUGUACAUUUUUGUAGACCGCCCAUUUCCCCCACAUAUAGAACAAUGCCCGUCUUGUAAAUCUGUUGGCACAAUGGUUCCAGUUGCAACUGAAAGUCAGUGCAUUGUUAUUACCAUUAAAGGUACUAAGAAAUAAUUGUAUGACAUUGAUGAUAUGUACAUUAUUAUGUUGUAACAUAAUGGCCUUAAAAUCAAUGAAAUGAAACAUCAGAAACAAUUAAAAAUUUAAUCUGAAUGAUUGUACAAUAAAUGAAAUUAUAGGCCUUAAAAUAUCGGUUGGUGACAAACAUUUUCUGACGCAUUUGUGAAAUUGUCCAACGUGGAAAGAAAAUCACCGAACAUUCUGUCUGACAGAAGAGAAAUUGAGGUUUAUUAUUUGUCCGACUUAUAAAUUAUAUAAUGUAUAAGUGUAAAGAAAAUCUUGAACUAUGGACUGGUAUGAUCUAUCCAUAAUUCAAAUUUUAACUUCGGAUGAAUUUAGCUUAAAAGAUAUAGUGUGUGAUUAAUAUAUGUAAUUUUUUUUCUUAUGUGCCAACUUUAAGUUUUUAGAUGUUUUUAUUGUCCUACUGUACUUCUGUUAAAUUGGCAAGCAAAGUCACCAUGUUAAGCAAAAAUAUUUCAGAACCAAACCCAAAAUUAAGACCAUCGGACAUCAUUUUAAAAAUGUUUGACCCAGUCACAAAGACAUAGGGCAUUUUGCCAGAUGGCUAUGCUGCAUGACCGAUAUUUUUAGGCCUAAUUUUUUUGUGUUGGUGUUGUGUACUGAGGUGAAUAUGAUGUUACUCUGAGUGUGUAUCCACACCGGGCAAGCUUGAACAAUAUACAGUACCUGGCCACAGUGGGAAUUGAACCUAUGACCUUUGGAAUACUAGCCCAAUUUUUAGGCCUGGUUGUAAUGUGAAAUCUUUUUGAGAAGAACUGUACGGUGAAUAUUUAACAUUUAAAUUGGUUUCCCUCCUUAUGAAUUGGUGGGAACUAUGUCAUAAUAAACACAGCUUUCUGUGAACCAUAGGUUUUAUCAAACUCCACUGGUUUCAGUAAGAUACCGGCCUUUUAAAGUACCAUCUCUGCCAAUCUCAGACAAAACAACUGCAGAUGUACAAAUGAGUAUUAAAAGGGAUUAUAUUUAAUAGGAAUUGAUUUAUUGAAUAACAUGUGAAUUAAAGUUAAUUAACAAACAAACCCAAAUUAUGAGAAUAAUAAACAGGAAAGAGAUUUUAAUGUUGCUAAAAGACAAGUCUUUACUGUAAUAAAUGCAAUGAUGAUUAACUGUUUUACUGAAAAUCCACUAUACAUUUUUAAAUUUCAAACAAUUCUAUACCGUUAUAAAUGUUUGUUGUUGUCCUUGUUGUUAUAAUUCUUAAUUUCAUAGUGUUGUACAGUUGUUGUUGGAACUAGUUGUUUAUAUAUUGUUGAUUUGAUGUAUUAUUGCAGGCAGGUUUGAUUUGGACAAAGUGGAUUUCAAUUGCUCUGCUUGCCAGUGUUUGUGGUCGCCUUGGUCCUUGGAAAGUGUCAUCAGAUUUGGAUUUUGGCCUGGGAGUCCCAGUAACAUUAUCCACAUCUUUGAUGCAAAUUUAUUGAAGCAAUGGGAUUUGAUGCAGAAACGUAUGCCGGGAGUAUCUGAAAGGUCUUUUCUAAAAUCAUUAGAAGAUUAUUCUUUGGAAAAGGGAAGGGUAUGUUACUUAAAUUAACCCAUCAGGGUGCAUAAUCUUCUUGCGCUUAUCAUUUCUGUGAAAUAAAUGUGCCCUUGCCCCGGCUGUGUGAUAUAAGCUAUUUUACUACUGUAAGUAUUUUUAAGAAUUUUAUUUUAGGUCAUGAAUAUGUAAAACUGGCCAGAGGUCUCCCUUUGAUGAGUGAAAUCUUCUGCCUUUAGAUUAAUUAAAAUGAUAAAGGGUGAUCAUUGUCUAAAUUGGUUCAUUGCCGCCAUUGCCCCUUAAUGGGUUAAACCACAUUGGGGUUAAACCACAUGGGUUAAAUUGUAUUUUUUAUCUGAUUAAUUGAAUUAAUGAAAGGAAGGGACUAUCAAUCCAACUACAUUUGGUAGUUCGUUUCGAGAGUGGAAGUAUUGUAAGUAUGAGCUGGAUCAGUUGAUGGAAAAGAACUUCAUGGAAUGCCCUUGCUGCAAUGAAAAUCAACAUUCUGCUCAUGUUGAUGCCAACAUGAAGCUGUAUCGUUUCAAGUCUGCUGGAAAGUAUGUGCUCAGCUAGUGAAAGUAUUAUUAAUUGAUGAUUCCCCUUGUUACGUUUUCAUACAGUACGGCCCUAAUGAAAGUUAACCAUUCUCGCUCGAUGCUAUCGAGGAAAAUGUUUCGAGUAUCGAGAUCUCGAAACCCACUCGAUAAAAAUUCUCGCUCGCUCGAUAGGCUUCUCGAAACGCGCUUCGCGUUACUCGAUACACAAGAAUUUUGCGAGAAGCGAGAAAUCUCGAUGCAAACAUUCUCGAGAAUUCUCGUAACAAGAAAUCUCGAUGCAUCAUGCAUUCACGAGAAUUCUCGCAGCGCUAUAAUGCGUGUAAAAUUUUUCGCAAGAAGUAACGUUGCUUCGCAUGUCCGUGCGAAAACACGGAGUAAACUGAAAAUAACAAUACAGAGGCAAUUCUUGACUGAUCUUUAAGGACAACAUUAAAAUCCAGAACAUUAAAAUCCACAAUCAAUAUUUUGAAAUAAAGACGAAAUACAAUCUACGAAUAAUAAGUAUUAUUUUACCUACAGUAGUGCUUUGUAUUGUGGUUAUAGUGGUAUCACUGAUAUUCAAGAUGGCUUAUUUUUUGUCCUGACCCGUGCAAGAACUUUUUAAAAAAGCUAGGGUCAGGUACAAACAGCAAAAUAUUCGCGAAAACAUUCAAUAUUUUCAUUCGAGGCCGCUAUCUUUAUCAGUGAUACCACUAUAACCACAAUGCAAAGCGCUACGAAAACGUAAUAAAGGGAAUCAUUAAUUGCUUUGUUUAUUUUGUUGAUUUGUUAUUUGUCUGUACAAUUUUAUUUUAGUUUGUUUCGUUUUAUUUUUUUGUUUAAUUUGGUUUACAGUAUCUUUAUUUUAUUUAUUUUUAUUUAUUUUUAUUUUAUUAGAGAGCACAGUGAGUCAUACUACAAAGAAUGUUUUAUUGCAUCUAAAACUAAAGUUGAUGCUCACAUCCAGGAUGUGUACAAGAACCCAACACAGGAGGUAAUAAUAUAUAUACUUUACUGUCGUUGCAAUAAAAAUGUUGAUAAAAUAUUGCACCAAUUCCUUUCCUCAAGUUAAUCAAUUCAUUUGAUAGAAAAUUGAUCAACUUCCUGUUACUUCUACAUAAGCCAAUUAGAUUUCGUUUCAGAACCGAUUGACCAAUAGGAAACGCGCAGGAAGUAGAAAAAUAAAUUUGAAUUUGUAUGAAUUGAUCAACUUGAGGAAAUGAAUUGAUGCAAUAUUUUAUCAGUAAUACUGUACCACUGUCUGAUUUAAAAACCUUGCUUCUGUAUGAUAAGCCCUAUUUACACCAUCCUCAGUUGUUGGUACAGCACAGAUAAAUUGCUACCCGUACCAAAUGUAUCUGUGCUCGGCCUUUGUAAAUAGGUAGUUGGAAUCGAAAAAAACGAAGCUUUAAUUGUUUGUUGCAAUUGUUUGUUGUGUACCGUAAAUAUAUGUCACUGUGAUGAGGGUCAUUGUAAUUAGAAUUAUGUUCAACUUAGGAAAUUGAAAGCAGCAGCAACAAUAUCUGUGGGGCAUCAACAUGGCGUGCUGCAGCAAACAACCUCAAGCGAAAAAAAGGUUUAGAUGAAACUGGGUUAGAGAUGGUUGCGUGUCGUCAUGCUGUUGCCCAACAUGCUGUCAACAUGUACUGUGGAGAAAUGUAUGGUUAUGCCCAUUACUUGCAGACAAUAUCUUUAUCCCCUAAGAAUGUACUGUAUUUUUGGUACGAUGUUAUCUGCAAAUAUUGGCCAUGGCUAACAACCCACGAUCCCAGAGCUUCUCAGUCAAUGAAACCAGCAUUGUCAGUGAUGCAUGCUAAAGCACACUCCUGGUCAUGUCAGGUAAUUUACACCUUGUAUUAUCCAAGUUGUUUCAAACAUAGACUAAGACGUAUAAAAAGAUACAUAAAAAUUACCAAUAAAAAUUAUCUAUGAUACCAAAAAUAGAUAUUUACAUUAUUAUAUUUAAAUUUGUAGGUAUUGUGGGGUGGUCGUUGGCAGGAAGGGGCUUGCGGGACAACUGGAGAAGAGGUUGAGUUGGUCAACAGUCAUUUCUCACGACUUGGUACCACGACGAAACACAUGCUUCCUGAAAGUAAGAUUUGGGUUUUCUUAUUCUGUAUAUGGCAUAAUAAUUGUUACAUGUAUAUGGGGCUGUAUGGAAUGUGCACAUAAGAUAUCAAUUUUUGGUAUUUUUUUAUCAGAAGGCCAGUUAUAUAGUUACCUAUAAAAAAUAGUUUAUACGAUCCAUGUAUAUAUGUACAUGUACUGUAUAUAUAAAAGGUAAGGACCUCUUAAACAACUGUAGUUUUGUAUGGUAUGGUCUAAAGAUUUUUUCUCUAGGGAGAGAAGAGUUGUUGACUGAGCAUGCCAUUUCUUGGAACAAAAGAAAAAUUGUUGGAUUACCAACUUCAUUGUUAAAGUGUUAUGCCAAGGUUGGAUUCUGAAUACAUGUUUGUUAAAUUGUUUAAUAUCACUGUGUUACUGAAUACAUACAUUUAUUAAUUCAGUUAUGAGCCAACUGAAUUGUUUUCCUUUGUACUACUUUACAACGCAGUACAACAUAUGCAAUCUCAUGCCCAUCAUCUCUCCUGCUGGUUACAAGGUUGCAAUAUAUUAUAUGCUGCAAGUGAUUCAACAUGUAUAUUUAUAAUAUAGCAUUUGUAAAUUCUGAACGCUGAUUGGCUAAGAGCCGUGUUGAUAUAACUCAAUAUCAACACGGGAAAUUUUCCGCCGCUUAUAAACACGGAAAUUUUUCUUAUCCUUCGGGCUUUUGACAUUGCUAUAUUAUAAAAAAGAUAUAAAACAUUUUCCGUGUUGAUAUACAGUUAUAUCAACACUCGUGGAAGUUGGGAAAACUCGAAAUUGUAUGAAAACACUCCGCCCUUCGGGCGUCGUGUUUCCAUACAAUUUCUCGUUUUCCCAAUUCCACUCGUGUUGAUAUAACUGUAUAUCAACACAGAAAAUGUUUUAUAUUUGUUAAAUUGUAUAUACUAUUGUACACAGUCAGUGUUAUUAGAUCAAUUUACGAGAAAAUAGGGCAAGUAUUGUAUGUUUUAAAUGUGUGUACAGGUAUGUACUUGCUUUAAUCCAGGCCAAAUACAAGUGGACAAAAGCUAGACAGGAAAUGGUAGAAUGCUCAGGAGGGAUGACUAUUCAUGAAAUCAACAACAAAAUAGCUAAUUGGGUGGGAGAUGUAAUUGAUGUAGCUAAAGGUAAGGGGAAUGUAGGUUUGUGCAUGUUUACGUGCGAGUAUAUGUGUUUGUUUGUUUGUUGGUUUGUUGGUUUGUUUGUUUGUUAUUUAUUUAUUUUUUUUGUUUUUUUGGUUUGUUUGUUCCGGGGUUUUUUGGUUAUUUUUGGUUUGAUUGUUUGUUUUUAUUUCUUUUUAUUAUUUGAUUUGUUCAUUCGUUUGUUUGUUUGUUUGUUUUUGUUUAUUUAUUUAUACGAUUGUUUAAGAGCAAGAGUUAUGUAACAAACCAGUGCCAAUGUCACCACCGGAAAAAUUCUUUCUUGGCACAUCUUUGGGGCAGAGUAGUAUGUCUGUAGAUGUCAAGUCCACCUGUGAUGCUGUGGCUCUGUUGUAUCCAAGAACUUUUAAAAGUAUUUCAAAAAAGACAGAUAAUGGUAGUCUAGAUGACCUACUGCGAUUGUGCUCACCGGCUAAUGCUAUUACCGCUCAAACCAGUGGAGAAGAUCAACUGAAAGCAAAAUGCCUGUCCGAUCUGCGAAGACGAAUGAUGUUCAAGCAUUUCUCAAUUGCCCAGUUGGCAUAUAAUAUGGGAAAGUGUGCUGGUACGUAGUUUCGCAGUAGAUGCCGGUCAUAAUGAUCUUUAUUACAUGUAUUGAUGUACUGUAUCUUGAACUGAUUGUCUUAGCUGAGUGCAAUCAUUUUAUUGAUUAUAUCCUUUUUCCGAACAAGUUCACUUGAAAAUAACUUUCAUUCUGUUUUUGUUAAAAGAUUUUGUUAAUACUGGAAAAUUAUUUUGUAUGCAAUUGAUUUUAUUAAGUUAUAGUUGUAUCUGGGUGAUUAUGUAAUUAACUGGAAAUAACUUAAGGCGUAUAUACAGUGUACAUGAUAAGCUUUUUAUUAGGAUUGUCAUUUUGACAUUAUGUUAUUAACUGAGGCCAAUGACCUGAUAUCAGUUUUUCUUACGACGAAACUUAAGCUACAUAUAAAAUGUGGUUUAUUUUUGUAGUUCGACGGCAAAUUAUCAUAUUUGUAGUAUAUAAAUUCAAAGUUUGUCCCUAUUAAACCAAAUGUCUUAUCGAACUAUGUCGUUUUAAUUAUUUUAGAUUCAUCUAAGCAACGUCAACGUUUAAGAGGGAAGAUAUCUAAAGAGAAGGCAGACCUUACGACAUCAGCUUCAUUGUACAACAAUAUUUCAGGAAGAGAUGAUGUCACUAUGGACGAUGUGGCAAAUGGAAUUUUUAGAUGGAAUGAUGAAUUUGAUAGUACAAGCUAUAGUGAAGGUUAGUACGAUAUACAGUUCUGCCAGUACGAAAUUUGUGCAGAAAAGUUAUCCAUUCUACAGAAAUUACACAAUUGUCACGUGAGUCACACUUAGAAAAGCCAUUUAAAUUUCAGAAUUCAAUUGGCGUUGAUUUAUCGGUAGCAAUGUGAACAACUUGAACACAUUACCACUGGAGCUAUAAUUUGUAAGACCUAAAAUUGGCUUUAGUCAAAUCGUAUUUGGUGGAAAAAUCUUUUGCAACGUGACUAUUUCGUGAGUCACCAUGGCAGGACUGUUUUUGUUAGUAAAUUCUUUUGAAGUAAUAUCGAACACGACAAGGAGUGUUUCAUCUGAUAUCCAAACAAGUUUGAAUAUUUUGGGGGUGAAACACUCGAGUGUUUGAUAUGCUGUACAUUCUCAAAUGAAUCAGCAUUUAAAGAGAAAACCAAGACGAAAUUUUGGUUUCCAUUGAUUUUUUUGCCGCAAUCUGCAAAUUUUGCAAAAUUAAUACGUGCAAUUCCACUUUAAUAGAUUUACCAAUCCGGACAAAACGCAUCGUGGCAGAGAAAUGGAUGGAAAAUAAGCGUUUUGAAGAAGAACAGUGCCUAUUGAAGACAGAAAUGUCAAACUUCUUGAUGUUUUACAAGACCCUUCUAUUGUCCCUUAGACGACGAAGAAACGAGUUGCAUCACUUACUUACAGGUAUAGUUUGGGUUAGUUGAAAGCAACUCGUGGCGACUGGUAGACAUGUCUUCAUGGUUGAAUUGUAGCAACUGUGUUAUUUUACAGGAAUACUGUAGUUGUUGUUAAAAUUGUUAUCUUUGUUCUGUUUUUUCGUUUACCUUUAAUAGCUGAUGAGCUUUUGACCGAAAAGAAUGUGCCUGGAAGGUACAGCACUUUAUCAGCUGCGCCUACUGUUAUACAUGGAAACAUUGCACUAAUUAGACAGGGAGAAGAUUUUGCGAUGUCUCAGUUAGCGCGUGGGAUCAACGCCUUCUCCAGUACGUUAGAUUGUAAUGUAGAAGAAUUCCAAGAACUUCUCCAGCUUGAUGAUAGUGAAAGUGAGUCAGAUCAGAAUGCAUCAGGUGAUGAAAGCGAUUCCGAUGUAGAUGAUGAUCUUGGUUGUCACGAACCCCUUUGUAUCCUACCUCAGGACGAUAGUGAUUUGGGAUCUGUGAAUGGAGAAUUAGUGUGUGAAGGUGUCAUUUGUUGGAAAUUACCGGCAUCUGUGAGUCAGAGCACAUUAGGAAAUGAUGGAAGUAACGCUUGUAGCAUUAUUGCAACUUUAUUGGGAUACCGAUUCAUGGAAGGAAAUUUGGAAAUUCCCAAUGAUGUCACUGUACCACUUCCUUUUACAUGGAUCAACACAAUUUGUGAGUGCAUCCACACCGGUAACAUGCUUUAUAACAUCUACCGUGACGCUUUACCGAACAGAUAUCUUUCCAUUGAGGAAGCUAUCGAAAUGCUAUCUGGAGUGAUAACAGCGCAAGUCGAUCUGCUCUUGCCGGUGAGAUAUAUGGAUGAGCACAAACCAUCAACCGUUGAAGAGCAACUGAAGCAGUUGAUGAACAUCGACAAAGGUGUCGCACACCUAAUAAUGCACGAACGUACAUCUGCAUUUCUUAUUCAAGAUGGCAAAAUUGUGUACGUUGACUCGCAUUUACAUCUGCCAUCUGGCGCUGUUCUAGUUUCAGGAUCAAAAGAAACCCUACACAGUUUAUGCAGCUGUGUAUGGAAUUUGGAAGCGUUCGGCGAAACUGAAUUUGGCAAUCUUGCACUUACUUCGUAUCCAAAUGCGUAG